GACUACUAUGGGUGCUUCUUUUGUAGCAAAAAAACUGAUAUUUCCAAGGGGUUUUGAGUGACUCAACCACAUUGGAUAAAGCCAGUUGAAAUUCUCUCAAAGCCUCUUGAGCUUCUUUUGUAAGCUGGCAUGGUGAGUUUAAAGCACUGUCUCCCCUUAAAAUGUCAUAUAAUGUCUGUAACUGAUGAGUAGUUAAACCUAACACUGGACACAUCCAUUGGAUAUCUCCUAUCAAUUUCUGAAAGUCUGAAAGUCAUCUUUUUUUAAAGGUGUUUAGCUUUUCUGUUCUUAAGGACAGUUUUUGUACUGUAAGCACCUUAGGGUAUACUUCAUAUCCUAAAUAUUGAAAAGGAGCAUGUCUUUGAAUUUUUUUCUGGAGCUAUAUGCAAUUUGUAGUUCCUUAGUGUUUCUAUGGUCUUUUGUAGACAUGCUUCUAACAUUUGUUCCUCAGGUGCACAUCCCAAUAUAUUAUCCAUGUAAUGUAAUAACAUAACUUUUGGAAAUGCUUUUCUUAUUGGAGUAAGAGCAGCAGCAACAUACAUUUGACACAUUUUUCACUGCCUGUGGCAAAACUGUCCAUUCAUAUUUUUUAUAAGACUCAGCUAGGUUAUCGCUGGGUAUUGAAAAGGCAAAUCUUUUCAUAUCCUCUUUAUCUAGAGGGAUAGAAUAAAACAAUCCUUAAUGUCCAUAGAGGAUGGAGGAUAACUAUAACCCAAAGGUGCCAUUCCCUAGGCAAUUUAGUAGAAGAUGGAAGUCCAGGCUGAAGAGUUCCCAUAGUUUCCAUCUGUUCAUUUACUUUUCUUAAAUCAGUCAACAUCCUAAUAGAGAUAAAUGGGGAAAACUGUAGCAGGUUGAAACUCCAAAAAGGUAUGCUUGAAUCAGACAACGGAGUACUUAAGGCUAAUUACCUAUUUGAUGUGAGACAAUGACUCUAUUAGCAUAUGUUUGGAUAAAUGACUUUUCUCACCAUUGGUGCUUGCUGAAUAUUUGGUGUUAAGAUAAUCAUAAGCAAGGAUUUGAGGGCUGAGGGAGAGAGGCCAGAGAGUUACUUUUUGGCAGGACUAGGAGGAGAGAGGCUGGUGACUCUGGAUUCUAGGAUCCAGGAGUUUGCUUGGCUGCCUCCUUCCCUUCUCCACCUAAAGACUUUAAUUCAUCCUGAUUCUGGCUGACUCUGAAGCUCUCCAGGGAGUUAACCCAUACUCGACAGAAAAUAAUUAAAUGAGGGAGUGAACUAAAUAGUCUUAGGCUGAUAAAUUUUAGGGUCAGACACCUGGGCUCAAAUCCAGCCUUACAUAGUAUCUUUAUCCUAUAAAGAAAAUGAAGUCCCUUAAACUUAAGUAUUCUCAUCAUGAUAAAACCAUGUGUCUACCUAGCAGGGCUACGUUCAGAUUUAAAUUCCAAAUUCUUCAAAUUUCCAAAAGACUUGCAAGGGAAAAUGCUCUUCAUGUCCAGAAAAAACAGUGAGAGAGAUUGUUUUUACUUGCUUUUUGUGUGUGCCUGGUUUUCCCCUUUUGAUCUGUUUCUUCUUUUUACCACAUGAUGAAUAUAGAGUGGGUAAACCUCCCAGCACAGCCAGAACAAAGCCUUACUCCUUAUCCAGGGUUCUAGCAAUAAAAAGUUAUUUAAAAAAAAAAGAAAAGAAACUAUUUCCUAUUGAUUUAUAAUUCCUUUCAGAUUAUUCCCAGCCCUUCCUGGUUGAGGCAUUUCAGUUCAGGAAGCCAGGGCCUUUGAUUCACAAAUCCUGGUCAAAAGCACCCCUCUGAAUGUCUCUGAAUAGGAGAUCCGGGCUUGUCCCGGCCCCCAUGGGAUUUGAGCCAACUUGGGCUUUCCCAGCCCCUGCUGGUUCUGAUAAUGAUUGACCUUAUUUAUAGUUUUGUCCAUACAAUGGCUGGGUGAUCAGCCCCCAUUCUGAUGAUCUGCUCAGAUUUCCCAACCCCCAUCAAGACAAGCAAUAUAAUGAGUUUCCGUCAAUUAAGGUCUUUGCAGAUGGACUUGGCAGUUCCCUUUACAUCCAGGUCUUAUCUGCCCACUGAGAACUGCAUUCUCAGUGCAAAACUCCAUUUUCCAUAGAUCUGCCUGCUGGAAUACUCUUUCUAUUGCCAUCCUCUCUUUACCCUCACCUAUUUCCCCUAACUAGACUUUAACCUUACUUCUAAUCCCCAUAGUAAACCUCAAUCUAAGUUUUUGGAUCUGUAAAUUCCUUUACAGGGAACUUCUGUGCUGCCAGAAGGGAGUCUCCAAAAUUCCCUACCCUUGCACCAAAUCCUAAGGGGUUCCAAGGGAGCUCCAUUUGAUUCCCUGAACCCCAAACUUGCCACUAGACCUUAUUUAACUUCCUGACCACCAGAAACCCUAAUUUCAUUUGGGUUCCCCAAAUCUAAACCUCAUCAAAACCAUCCCAGAGUGGCAAAUUUUAUUGACCACAACUCUAAAUUUUAGACACAGGUUUCCAUUAAAGAUAACCCGACUAUUACAUAAUUGGCAAUAGAUUCUUAAAGAAAAGGUUUCUAAGGUUUCUCUUAAAGGACCAACUGUCUUUACAGAUGCAUCCAAACAUAACAUUUGUGCUAUAUACUCUCAUGACUUAACUAUAAAGAGAGUAGUCAGAACUCUUUUUUAGUCCACCCAGCAGAAUGAAUUGUAUGCAAUCAUUCUAGCUCUUAUUUAUUAUCCAGGAGAUAUAAAUAUAAUAUCUAAUUCGGCCUAUUCAGUAAAUGUGGUAUAACGAAAUGUCACAGCCCAAAUAAAAUUUGUAGCCUCUAAUAUAUGUUAGCUCUUUAAGGAACUUCAGGAGCAAGUGAGAAAACAUCCAGGUAAGAUUUGUAUCUUGUGGGAAGGGUGAUGUGGCUGGGGCUAUGGGAGGUCUCACUAUGUCUGCCAUUUUCAACUUUCAGAACCUACAGACAGUAACUUUGCUGCUUAUAUGUACCUGUGCAUGUAUCCAAUCCUUGGCUCCUAGCAGCUUGGACAAAAAUAAAACUGGACUGUUGGGUAUAUUUUGGAAGUGUGGCAGAAUUGGUGAACGAAAGAGUCCUUAUAUAGCAGUAUGCUUUAUAGUCAUGGCUUUCAGCAUCUUAUUCAUUCAGUAACUGAAAAAUGCCAGAAUUUAAUUGCUGUCAGAUUUCUGUAGAUAAAAGACUUGCUUACA